AUGAAAACGAAGGCCAGCACCGAAAAAGAAAAAAAAUGGGUAAAGAGGAAAAGAGUAAUAAAUAUAAACAGAAAGAGGGGAAAAAUAAAAAAUGGUAGCACAAAAGGGGAAAUCGAAAAAAGAAGGGAGGAAAAAGGGAAACAAAGAAAAGAAGAACAAAGUAAAAAUAAAAAAAGGAUAAAGGAGAAGACUAUGAAGAAGAAAGAGAAAAAAAAGCAAGGAAGAAAAAAGGAACAAAAGAUAGGUGGGAAAAGAAAAAAAAACAAAGAAAGAAAAAGAAAAUGUGAAACUGCAAAAAAGAUAAAAGAAAAAAUGGAAAAAAGGAAAGAGAUUUGGAAAAAAGAAAAAAAAGGAAGAAUGGAGAGAAGGAAUAAGGAAAAAGAAGAAAAAUGA